CCCAGAUGCGGCCCGCGGGCUCUGCCAGCAACAAGUCCCUCCGGCCCCAGCCUUCGCUGCGACUGGGGCUUGGAGUCCAGCACCCGAGGGCACAGACCGGCUGCCAAGGCCCCACUUUUAACUAAAAGAGGCGCUACCAGGUGCACAACUCUGGGCAUGAUCCAUUUGAGCUUCGGGGGAAAGCCCAGCGCUGGUCCCAGGAAAGGUGCCUAGAAGGACGCAGACCAGGAGCCCUUUGGCUGGAGAAGUGAGCCGUUGAGCGGGUGGCAUCGUGAAGGAAGAGGUCCUGCCAAGCGCCUAACAGCAAGGUUCUCCCUCGCAGCUACUGCUUCUGAGUUGACUCUAGUUACUCCAAACUCCAGGGUCUCUUUGAGAGACGGAAGUGGAAGGAGGAAUACCCCCCAAAAAUAACUAACUCAUCUUCCAGUUUGCAAGCUGCCUCAGGAAGAGGGUGGGGAACCGGGUCCACGAAGGCUGAUGGGAGCUCCUGGAGCCGAAAGCUAUGGAACUGGGACUUGGAGAGCCUACUGCCUUGUCCCACUGCCUCCGGCCUAGGGGGCAGCCAACCUGGUGGCCAACCCUCGCUGCUCUAGCCCUGCUGAGCUGCGUCACAGAAGCAUCCCUGGACCCGAUGUCCCGCAGCCCCGCCACUCGCGAUGGUCCCUCCCCGGUCCUGGCGCCCCCCACGGACCAUCUGCCUGGGGGACACACUGCGCAUUUGUGCAACGAAAGAGCCCUGCGACCACCGCCGCAGUCUCCUCAGCCCGCACCCCCGCCGCCGGGUCCCGCGCUCCAGUCUCCUCCCGCUGCGCUCCGCGGGGCACGCGCGGCGCGUGCAGGAACCCGGAGCAGCCGCGCACGGACCACAGAUGCGCGCAGCUGCCGCCUGCGCUCGCAGCUGGUGCCGGUGAGCGCGCUCGGCCUGGGCCACAGCUCCGACGAGCUGAUCCGUUUCCGCUUCUGCAGCGGCUCGUGCCGCCGAGCGCGCUCCCCGCACGAUCUCAGCCUGGCCAGCCUGCUGGGCGCCGGGGCCCUGCGGUCGCCUCCCGGGUCCCGGCCGAUCAGCCAGCCCUGCUGCCGGCCCACUCGUUAUGAGGCCGUCUCCUUCAUGGACGUGAACAGCACCUGGAGGACCGUGGACCACCUCUCCGCCACCGCCUGCGGCUGUUUGGGCUGAGGAUGCUCUCCAAGCCUUUGCACACUGGACCCAUGUGUUGCCCUACCUGGAACAGCCCCACUGGGCCUCGCUAGCCAGGAGCCUCAACUCGGUAGGAAAUGGAGGCUACAGAGCUCAGGCCCCAAGCCGGUGAGGGACAGACAUCAAGCCUGGAAGGAUGACGGAACCACUGACCAACAGUCCCAAGGUUGUAGAGUCCCCAGCUCUACACAGCAGAAACCUCAGCUAAAGAGAACUCCUCGGGGAGAAUCCAGAAAUGGCCCUACAUCCUGGGGAAUGGAUUUUGAGGAGAUAUACAUUGUAGUCACGUUGCUGGACCAGCCUGUGCUGAAACCAGUCCUGUGUUCACUCGUGGAAGCCGAAGCCCUAUUUAUUAUUUCUAAAUUAUUUAUUUACUUUGCUGGUUUGUCAGAUCCUUUCCUGGACAUGGGGGAUGGGUAGAAGAAGCUAGAUGAAGACGUGUCCGCCCCCACCCCAUCCACAGUUUACACUGACUCAACAGUCAUAGUGUCACCCGGAUCUCCUACUUCUUGCCCCUCAGGUGGCUCUGAGAUGGGUGGGAGGCACACAGGUAACACAGAUGCGCUGUCCUCAGUACUUGGGGGCCUGGGUUGCCUGUGGGAAAUAAACAAUAUAGCUUUCUAUGGAGAAAGGCCACCCUGUGACCACUGGCAACUUGGGGCCCCUGCUUAGUGGGUAAAGACCCAGAAAAACAUGUUUUGUGACGCUC